UGCACACAACCAGAAAGAAAACAGUCGUGAUAUCAGACGGUCCAAGUCAGCAAGAUCAUAUUUAAACAUAGUCCCCCCGGACUGAAAAUUUGCCAGAUUCGUUCCGUGACCGCUACAUAGAUUAUAACAUGUCUUAAACUCGGGAUGAUCAAGUGUAGACCGCAGACUGACAACAAUGAAAUGCCUGACAGCUGACAGGCUGCCACAUCGAUUUAGCUAGCGGCGGGCUAACGAAACCUAACAAAACAGCUAACUAGCUAGCUGGCAACCUUCUGUGUUGUGUGAUGUAGCUGUGCAAAUUCGCGGAAAUCUAGUGUUUAACAUGUAAAGCGUUAUAAUCUUCACUUUAGUUGUAGGAUUGAUGUUCGUCAGGACAAUCUAUUCAAAUUAAUGUAACGAAUUCGCUAGAUAGCAUGUUAUAAAACGUCAGCUUUGCGAGGUAACGUUAGCCAUAGCUAGUUAAAUACAUUAGCAGGACAUUGGCAAGGGACCAUAUCCCUAUUUGGAUGGGUGGUGGCUAGAUUUCGCAAUACUCCUUACUAUCAGUUGGAGCAUUUGACAGAAACGUUGUCAACAUGCCUGGAAUGAUUGUGUUUGGUCGGCGAUGGGGUAUUGCCAGUGAUGACCUUGUUUUCCCUGGAGCUUUUGAGUUAUUCGUCCGAACAAUAUGGUGGAUUGGCACGUUCGUUUUGUACACCAUCCAUAAGGGACACUUUGAUUGUGGGGGAGGCACAGUCCUUCAUAGUUACCUCGUUGUUCUGCUUGUGCUCCUUGCUGUCAUCAUCUUUUCACUCGGUGCGAUUGUUUAUGUCAGCGCACGAGGCACCAUAAUGAAUCCUGGUCCUCGUCGCUCCAUGCCAGCCUUGGUGUAUUUUCGGGCCGUUUUGUACAUCCCCGAGUUCAUCUGGGCUUGUCUCGGAGCUGUCUGGGUGAAUGAUGACAGUGGAGGAUGCGACCCUGCCGCUGUUGGAGCUGUCAUUGGUGCAGUUAUUUCAAGCUGGGUCAUCAUCUUCUUCACGGUGGUGGGUGUGCUGGUGGUGUUUGACCCGAUGGGCGCACCACGGCAGGCAGUGAUGGCCGAGCCGCAGGGCUUGCGCGACCUGGAGAGCAGCGAGUCGUCCCAGUUCCUGUCACGAGCGCGCUCGCUGGCCGUGCGCGUGUGGGAGAGCCGCCUGCGCCUGCUCUGCUGCUGCCUGCCGCAGGACGACUCGCAUCGCGCUGCCUUCAGCGGCAUCGCCCAGCUCGUCAGCGGCUUCUUUUCGGACACAGACCUGGUACCCAGUGACAUCGCUGCUGGCCUGGCCCUGCUGCAUCAGGAGCAGGAUAAGGUGGAGCAGUGCAGGGACCCUGACGAUGUGCUGGCCCACAGCCCCUCCUCCCCAAUAAGGGAAGAUCUGGAGGUGGAGCUGGAGAGAGCCACUCACUGCAUGUUGUUUGCGGUAGCGGCGUACGGAUGGCCCAUGUAUGUCUACUCCAACCCACUCACUGGCGUCUGCAAACUCAGUGGUGACUGCUGUCGGAGCCGUAGCAGUCAGUAUGACAUUGUGGGGGGCGACAGCCUUGGCUGCCACUUCACCUCCAUCCUCCAGACCACGGGCCUGCAGUACCGAGACUUCAUCCACAUCAGCUUCCACAACCAGAUCUACGAGAUCCCUUUCUUUGUUGCCCUUGAUCAUAAAAAGGAAUCUGUUUUGGUGGCUGUGAGGGGAACCCUGUCACUAAAAGACGUGUUAACGGAUCUCUCAGCGGAAUGUGAGAAUCUGCCUAUUGAGGGUGUAUCAGGGGCUAGCUAUGCACACAAGGGAAUUUCUCAGGCAGCCCACUACAUUUAUAAGAGGCUUGUCAACGAUGGGAUUCUGAGGCAGGCUUUCUCGAUUGCACCUGAGUACAGGCUGGUCAUCACCGGUCACAGCCUGGGUGCUGGCACUGCCGCCAUCCUGGCCGUCCUGCUGCGCAACAUGUAUCCCACGUUGCAGUGCUACGCCUUCUCACCACCAGGGGGCCUCAUGAGCAAAGCUCUGGCUGACUACUCUAAGGAGUUUGUGGUGUCUGUGGUGCUGGGGAAGGACCUCGUCCCUCGGUUAAGUUUACCCAACAUGGAAGACUUGAAGAAGAGAAUUCUAAAAAUGGUCUCUAAUUGCAAUAAACCCAAGUACCGCAUCCUGCUGCACGGCUGCUGGUACGAGGUGUUUGGCGGCGAGCCCGACGACUUCCCCACAGAGCUAGAGAACCGUGAGGAGGAGCUCAGCGCGCCGCUGCUGGGGGAGGAGAGCCUGCUGGUGCGCAGCUCGGCCUCCUACCAGAGCCUGGCGUCGGACGACUCGCCCACGCACGCCACGCACCUGCCCCUCUACCUGCCGGGCCGCGUGCUGCACGUCACAGAGGAAGGGCCCACGCGCAGAUCCUGCUUCUCCCAGGUGAGGUACCGGGCGGAGUGGUCCAACGAGAUGGCCUUCCGCAGCGUCCUGAUCAGCCCACGGAUGCUGGCCGACCACAUGCCGGACGUGGUGCUGCGGGCACUCCAGAGCCUGGGCAGCGAGCGGGCGUUCUUGCUCUGUCCUUCCUCCAUGAGCAACAGCCACCUCAACGUCAUCUGACAUCCCAACUCCCCAGUUCCGCUCUGCCAAAUCACCGCCUCAAACUUUUCAAUUGGAGUUACAUUCAGGACAUGUUUGGGAGCUGUUCAAUGCUGUAUCUUUUUUUUUUCCAGUGUAUGUCUGUCGCGUGAAUAAUUUAUUAAAUUAUUUAUCCCAUUUUUAGGGGGAUCCCUUGGACAUUCUUGUGUCAGUGAUUGGAAUUGUACAGUAUUCAGAGAGCAUUGCUGUUUUUGGCUAUAAAGAAAUUGUGUGUACAUAUAUCAUCAAUUUUUGAUGUUUUGAGGAACGUUUAAAGAAAGGUGGAAAAGAAAAUGUGUAAGCAAAUAGAACACAUCAUCCAUUGAGUUCCUGAUUGUCUGUUUUGAUCUUUGUCUGGGACUUUUGAAGAAUCAGGGUGAUUAGUGCCUAUGCAUAACUGUCAAAAUCAAGUCACCAGGAAUCCUGUGGUGAUCUGAAGGAGCAAUGUCAUGCCAUUUCCGUCUUAUUUUUCUCUCUGCAGUCAGUUAGAAUGCAGUGGGAAUGCAUGUUAUCAAAGCAUUUAUUUAGCAUGAAAACAUUGUAGCGCUUUCCGGGACGGCCCAUAACCAUGCCAUUUGUGUAUUAACUCAUCCGUAUUGUGUCCAUUGCGGUGGAUUUUUUGAAACCAUUAAAUACACUGUGAAUACUG